AUGGCAUCGGCAUUCCCUUCGUACCUCCCUCAAGCCGAGGGACUCUUGCCAAAAUGGCUCCUAUUUGUCGCCCUAAUCUCCACCGCCAACUCCCUACAAGCCUACACAACCCUAACCUUCACCUCACGCGUCUACAACCCCACGCCCAUCGACCCGCCCCCCACCACGCCCAAACACGUCACCGCGUUAUCCUCGCGCACCUUUGGCACCUGGACGCUGCUGACGUCGCUUGUGCGCCUGUACGCGGCCUACCACAUCAACGAGCCGGCCAUGUAUCAGUUGGCCAUGUGGACGUAUGGGGUUGCCUGGCUGCACUUUAUGAGUGAGUGGUUAGUGUUUGGGACGACAAGGUGGGGGAGGCCGUUGGCGGGGCCUGUGUUGGUGGCGAAUGGGAGUUUGAUUUGGAUGCUGCUGCAGUGGGGGUGGUAUGUUAAGGCUUAG